AUGGCUGAGCAAGAUCUUCGAGAAGGUCUUCGAGUAUCGGAGAGAAUCCGCCUCAAAACUUUAGCACGUACAGCUCGUGAGACAGAAGAAGCCGAGAAAGCAAAAGCUGUCGCUACUGCUGCUACUAGCGCUAUUGAUUCACCGAAUAGGGGUACCUGCGUGCCUACGACUAUACAUUCCCUGAAGCGGAGACAUUCCUCGGCAUCAUCCAAUGCCCUCCCAAAGCGUGCAGCAACUCGCCAUGCAGCUGACCAUGGCCAUGAGCAUGACUGCAAGGCUGAGGUGACUAAGCAAGAGGUUGUUGCAGCCGAUAUUAAAUCCUUUAUAAACGCUCAGGCAGGGCCUGUUAUGCCUAGUUGCAAUCAAGAGCGGACCGAGCAAUGGGUCGCCCAAACCAUUCAAGCGAUGCAGCAGGCCUUUAUGCACGGCCGAGAGCAUUAUAACACUCCGUUGGCCUCAGUCUUUUAUUGGAUGCCAAGACUUGCGCCCGAAAAUCGGGCAGCGACUCGUUUGGUCAAUGCUGAUCCUCUCACCUACUGGACCAUUGCUGUGCGGGACAAGAAUGUGCCUUUUGAGACCGCCCCCGUGAUUCGAUACCUUCGAACAGACCAAGUCGCUCAUUGGUUGCAUAUAAGCAUGCAAGAUCUGAUCGGAUUCAUGUCCCUCUGUGAUCCAACAGAAGCAAUUGCCCUAAACGAUUACCUAAACUUCCGCUUGGAGCUCAUGAGAUCCGUACAGAUGAUGCCAUUCUGUUACCAGUGGCUAUAUAUUGGCAAAACGCCCCAGCCGGGUGAUCCAGUGUACGAGCUUCUUCUCAAGAUCCGAUCCUUGGACGACCAAGAGCAGAAGCGAUUUGCUUGGAUGGUCCAAUUCUCGACCCAACGUCGUCGUAACCCAGAUGAUCCCGCCUGUCUACCUAAAAGGUCUCAAGUUCGUUUCAGUCAACGAGAGAACCGUGCAAUGUUCGACUUCUUGGUCAGAGCUUGGUUUCAUUAUAGAGCCAAAACCUCGCCUAUCAUUGAAUGGAACGCACGUGAUGAGGCCAUACCUAAUUUUACAGAUACUCGUCCCUUGACAAGAUGGUUUGUCCCAGAUGAUACGCCUUUAGAAAAUUUGACGGUAGAUCUGAUCCAACAGACAUUAGAUUCGGAUAUGCAUCUUCGAGGUGUAAUUGAACGAGACCGGACCUUUUAUCAGAACGGAGAGAUGGUUGGAGAUGAAAUGUGGCACGCGUUCUAUGAUAUGAGACCUUAUUUCCCACAUCAAUUGCCUCAUCGAGUUCGGGGUGAUAGGAUGGCUCUAGCUCCUUAUCGACCUGCUGGCGGCCCCAUGGUUGCUUCCCCAUCUUAUGAUGCUGAAUUACGAGAGAUUGAGAAUUGGUAUCAGCGACAUUUCCAUAGUAUCAGCACUAAUAAUGUUCAAGGCCGAACAUUACCUCCUAUGCCACAAUCUAACUUUGAUAGCCGUCCACCUAUCAGACCCCAGCCUGUCUUGACUCCUCAACCAUUCUAG